GAGGCCCUGCAAAGGAUAAUAACCACGUUGGCCAAUAAAAAUGAGGAACUCCAUAACUUCAUGGAAACACUUAGCCACUCUCUGGCUGGUGUCCAGGUAAGACAUACAUAAUAACACUCUAAAUUCAUUGAAUUACAUUAAACAUAACAUAAAGAAGCAAUAUUAACAGUGAAAUCACAAUCUUGUACAGGAAUUUCCAUUUGCCAAAUAUGCCAUGUUAAUCAAUCAAAUCAAAUAUGAAAUGUUAAUGAAUCUAUAGACUCUAGUGAUGCAGAGAUUUGGUUCUGGGUUUAGAGGUGAAUCACUAUGUGUGAUUGUGACAGGUGUAUCACUAUGUGUGAUUGUGACAGGUGUAUCACUAUGUGUGAUUGUGACAGGUGUAUCACUAUGUGUGAUUGUGACAGGUGAAUCACUAUGUGUGAUUGUGACAGGUGUAUCACUAUGUGUGAUUGUGACAGGUGUAUCACUAUGUGUGAUUGUGACAGGUGUAUCACUAUGUGUGAUUGUGACAGGUGUAUCACUAUGUGUGAUUGUGACAGGUGAAUCACUAUGUGUGAUUGUGACAGGUGUAUCACUAUGUGUGAUUGUGACAGGUGUAUCACUAUGUGUGAUUGUGACAGGUGUAUCACUAUGUGUGAUUGUGACAGGUGUAUCACUAUGUGUGAUUGUGACAGGUGUAUCACUAUGUGUGAUGGUGACAGGUGUAUCACUAUGUGUGAUUGUGACAGGUGUAUCACUAUGUGUGAUGGUGACAGGUGUAUCACUAUGUGUGAUUGUGACAGGUGUAUCACUAUGUGUGAUUGUGACAGGUGUAUCACUAUGUGUGAUUGUGACAGGUGUAUCACUAUGUGUGAUUGUGACAGGUGUAUCACUAUGUGUGAUUGUGACAGGUGUAUCCUAUGUGUGAUUGGUGACAGGUGUAUCACUAUGUGUGAUUGUGACAGGUGUAUCACUAUGUGGUGAUUGUGACAGGUGUAUCACUAUGUGUGAUUGUGACAGGUGUAUCACUAUGUGUGAUGGUGACAGGUGUAUCACUAUGUGUGAUUGUGACAGGUGUAUCACUAUGUGUGAUUGACAGGUGUAUCACUAUGUGUGAUUGACAGGUGAACUCCACACAAGUAGUGUCAGACCUGGAGGAGGAGUUUGAUACGUUAUUCGCCGUCCUGGUUGAGAUGAAGGAGAGGAUGACCAACACCAUCAAACAGGAGGGGGCCAAGAAGACACAGGAACUACAG